AAAAGGGGGAAGAGCAGGAGGAGGGGGAGGGAAAAAAAAAAAAAAAAAGAUCUUAGAAAUCCAAAAAGGCUCAUCUGGGAAGGAGAGAGAGGAGACCGAGAGGAAGCGGGAUGCAACUCAACCUGACGCUGAUCUGCAUCGUCUUCGGGGGGUUCCUGCCCGACGCCGCGGCCCGGCGGGAGCAGAUGGACACGGGGCAGUGCGACCUGCCCCGCUCGCAAGGAGAGCUCAACUCCUUCCUCUGGACCAUUCGCCGUGACCCCCCCGCUUAUCUCUUCGGCACCAUCCACGUGCCCUACACGCGAGUUUGGGACUUCAUCCCUGACAACUCCAAGGCCGCCUUCCACGCCAGCUCCAGCGUGUACUUCGAGCUGGACCUCACGGACCCCUACACCAUCUCGGGGCUGGCCAGCUGCCAGAUGCUGCCCCACGGGGAGAACCUGCAGGACGUGCUGCCCCGGGAGCUGUACCGCCGCCUCAAACGCCACCUGGACUACAUCAAGCUGAUGCUGCCCCACUGGAUGACCCCGGACCAGCGGGGCAAAGGGCUCUAUGCCGACUACCUCUUCAACGCCAUCGCCGGGAACUGGGAGCGCAAGAGACCCGUCUGGGUGAUGCUCAUGGUGAACUCCUUGACGGAGACGGACAUCCGCUCCAGAGGGGUGCCGGUGCUCGAUCUCUACCUCGCCCAGGAGGCCGAGAGGAUGAAGAAGAAGACGGGUGCGGUGGAGCGGGUGGAGGAGCAAUGUCACCCGCUGAACGGGCUCAACUUCUCCCAGGUGCUGUUUGCUCUAAACCAAACUCUGCUCCAACACGAAAGCCUUCGAGCAGGGAGUCUGCAGGCCCCUUACACCACUGAGGAUCUCAUCAAGCACUACAACUGUGGAGACCUGAAUGCUGUCAUAUUCAACCAUGACACUUCUCAGGUCCCAAACUUCAUCAACACAACACUCCCACCCCAUGAGCAGGUGACAGCUCAGGAAAUAGACAGCUACUUCAGACAGGAGCUCAUCUACAAGAGGAAUGAGAGGAUGGGGAGAAGAGUGAUGUCACUUCUAAGGGAGAACAGGGACAAGAGCUUCUUCUUUGCCUUUGGAGCAGGUCACUUCCUGGGUAACAACACUGUGAUUGAUGUACUGAGACAAGCAGGAUUUGAAGUGGAGCACACCCCUCCUGGACAACCAAUUGGAAAUUCAAGGACAGCAAAGACAAGCCCAGCCUUGGAGGGACCCUCAGUGACAGCCCUGCCUCCUGUCCAGCUUUCUGAGCAGGUCCCACUGGCAUCUCCUUCCCUGAAGCCGCAGCAGAUGGAUGAAGAAGACAGCCUGUCUCCUCACCUCUUGUUGCCUGACAGCAUCAGCCAGCUGGAGGAGUUUGGCAGGCAGAAGAAAUGGCACAAGAAGCAGCACAAACACCAUCGCCAGAGGCAGUUCAAUGACCUCUGGGUUCGGAUAGAAGACAGCACCACCACGUUGCCUUCCUAUAUCAGGAUAACCAAUGGCUACAUCACAGUCAAACCUCCCAUUUGGAUUUCCAACCAGCUGGAUCAGAGGCCACGUCCCGACCGCCCAUCCCAGCCCCAGCCCACGAGCUCAGCCCCAGCCAGCCUUUCAUGGCCAUCAGUAACAUUUCCUCUCUGCAUGGCCAUAGCUUCUUUUCUUCUGAACCUACUGCAGCCCUCCUGACCACAUUAGUAUUGCAUCCAAUCCCCUGGAAUAGAGAAGAUAAUUUAUGAAUGAAUUGGAGUUUAAGACAGCAACAGUUCCAAGCUGGACCUUCUCAGUGACUCAGUAGUGCCUUCUAGCUGAUUUUGUCUCUUUGCCCAGAUACAUUUUGAAACUCUAAAGCUUUAUUGUAACACUGACUUACAUCUUCUUUUUGUAGAAGGAUCUUUAUUUCCCAUAGUGCUAUGGGGUUUUGUAAAAUAUACAUGUUCAUAUAAAGAAAAAAAAAGAAAAAGAAAAAAUGUAUUUAUUCAACUGGUAAACUUAUUUUUCUUGUUGUAUAUGUUAAUAACAUCCCUAUUAAUCUGUAGCGAUGGUGAAACAGAUAAAUUAAUAUUUUCUAUAUUUGUUUUCUGAUAACUCUGCAAAUGUCUGAACUGACACCAAAUGAAUGCUUUCUUUGUUUCUUUAACCAUUACAUUUUACAGCAACUGUCCAAUAAGUACAUUUCUGCUGAACUUCUUUAUUUUACUUCUUUUUGUCUCAUUAGUAUAGCUUACUCUGAAUAAAGCAGAUCCUGCUCUCUGGGGCCUGUUCCCAUUGGAAAAAUAAGUGCAUUCUUAACUCAUUAGCUGCCACAAUCUAAAAUCACAGUUAUUUUUACAUCAUUUAGUAAAUCAUUAGUCUGCAUAAUCCUCUACAUUCCCCCCAUUUUCUUUAACUAAACUAUUUUACUUCUUUGGAAAUCACCAGGUUCCCUCUUUGCCCUGGGAUUAAUUCACCAGCUAACACAAAUUAAGACAACUUUUUCUUAAUAAAAAAUUGCUUUUAAAGUCUGGAAUAAUCCUACUUGGAAUUAUUUUCUUCUCUUCCUCAUUUUAUAUAAGCAUAAGCCUACAACCUUUUCUAGCAUAAGUGAGAAGAGAGCUUGGUGUGUCUAUAGGUUAUAAAGAUGUAGUGUCCUGUUAAUCUAUAGAACUCCUUUGUACCAGUUACAUUAAUGCCCAUGGACAACCUGGAGGCAAAAAACAUCUACACUUUCCUUUUUCUCUUGCUGCCAUGAGCUGAUAGAGCCUAUAUCCCUGUGCUGAAAUAAUUAUGUCUUGUCCAAAAUCUGCUCAACGCCACAGGAAUCAAACUAACCCCCAUGAGACAUUCAGAACAUUCUUCCAUUUUUAGACUAUAGUACCUGACUUAGAUGGAAAAGUUAUGACACCUUACCCUCACUGAAAAAUGUGCUCCCCAUCCAAAGAGCUGUUGUUAAGGAAUGAGAUUUACAUCAUCUAUGGGGGAAAAAAACUGGUGCCAUCUUAAAAGUUAUUAUGUUUAAAAAGGCAUGUAGAUGUUUUUUCACCACCAGAACAUGAGGAAAAGUCUCUUUGGAUACAAGAGUUCAGAAAAUGAGUUUUGGUUGAAAUAAUGGGGUUUUUUCUAAGUCAUCUACAAACCAAAAAUCAAAACUAUGUGAUGAAAUAAUCUGAUUUAGAAAAGAAGUCUCAAAAUCAGAAAAAUACAAUACAAGCUUUUCUUUAUGGAAAAGCAGUGCUUCUUCACCUUGGAAAAAAGAUAAUGACAAAAAUUAUGAUAACAUUGCUGAUGAAAUUCUGGCUGAAACAACCCUGUAAAUUUCCCAGCAGCCCUGCAGCCUGGUCUCUGGAGCUGCAGAUGAUUCCAUGCGAUCUGCAAGAGUCUGCAGUCAGAGAGAGUUCAGAAUUCAGUUUGCUCGUUUCAUACCAGUUAUUUUAGGAAAGUAAGUUAGAAAGUAACUAGACUACAAAAAUCACAGGGUUUCAUGAUGGAAUACUGAGCAUUUCCAUCAUGCCCCCCAGCCCAUUGCCUUGCAAAGGCCAGGGACAAUACAGAUAACUUCUUUUUAACGUACCAUGAUCCCCAGCCUUUGCUCUAGUUUUGACAGCAGGUUGUGUAGGUUUCUGGUCAGUUUAAGUGGCUAAUAGCACAGGGUGCUAUAAGCUUCCCCACACACACUUUUUUUUGUUUUUAAGUACAACAGUUGGUCUCUUCCAGCCUGGUUAUUCUGUGAUUCUGUGAUAAGGCUGAAUGGAAAACUUUGAGCUUUGCCCCAAAUGUGAGAUUCAAACAGACCCUGUGCAUACUUUCAUAUUGUGUAUUUUGGCUAGCAGAAGAUUAGAGAUGUUAGUUUUGGACAGAAGCCAUUCACCUUGCAUAAUAUUUAUUGCACAGAGAUGGAUAUUGGAAACAUAUUUUGAGAACUUUCAUUUUGGUUUUAUUUGAGCUAUUACUUUAGAAAUGCCUUCAUUUGAAUAUAAUGGUUUAAGAGACCUUCAAAUUCAAUAUUAAUGCAUUUUAAAAAGAUUAUUGGUUCUCCUGAUGUGUUCAAGGCAGAGAUGAAAACUGAAUUAUAAUGUCUUAUUUACAAGAACGUAACUGGAAAUAAGGUAGGUAAAUCUUAAGGGUGAUGAUAAGUUACAUAGUAAAAGUGAGCAGCCAACAAACCAAAACCCAUUGAAAUUUAUUUGUUGUAACCAGAUCGUAUCCAGAAAUUAUUUUGUGAUACUAUCCCAGGAAUAAUUUCAGGUGUUGGAAAACCUACAGUAUAAAUAGACAAGACCAUGUAAAGAUAAGAUAGAGAAAAAUUAAGAGAAAACAGAAACAACUUGUCCAAGACUGUAAGGAAAACCAACAACAGGACCAAGACUAGAAAUUACAAUUCUGAAGAUUCCCAAUCUGUGGCUUUCUCCAUAAACCUCUGGGGCUUCUUUUUAUUUUAUUUUAUUUUA